AUGGAUCAUGCUGAAGAAAAUGAAAUCCUUGCAGCAACCCAGAGGUACUAUGUGGAAAGGCCUAUCUUUAGCCAUCCGGUCCUCCAGGAAAGACUACACACGAAGGACAAGGUUCCGGAUUCCAUUGGGGAUAAGCUGAAACAGGCAUUCACAUGUACUCCUAAAAAAAUAAGAAAUAUCAUUUAUAUGUUCCUACCCAUAACUAAGUGGUUGCCAGCAUACAAAUUCAAGGAGUAUGUGUUGGGUGACUUGGUCUCAGGCAUAAGUACAGGAGUGCUCCAGCUUCCUCAAGGCUUAGCCUUCGCAAUGCUGGCAGCGGUACCCCCGGUAUUUGGCCUGUACUCUUCAUUUUAUCCUGUUAUCAUGUAUUGUUUUUUUGGAACCUCCAGACACAUAUCCAUAGGUCCUUUUGCUGUUAUUAGCCUGAUGAUUGGUGGUGUGGCUGUUCGAUUAGUACCAGAUGAUAUAGUCAUUCCAGGCGGAGUAAAUGCGACCAAUGGCACUGAAGCCAGAGAUGCCUUGAGAGUGAAAGUCGCCAUGUCUGUGACCUUACUCUCAGGAAUCAUUCAGUUUUGCCUAGGUGUCUGUCGGUUCGGAUUUGUGGCCAUAUAUCUCACAGAGCCCCUGGUCCGUGGGUUUACCACUGCAGCAGCCGUGCAUGUCUUCACCUCCAUGCUAAAAUACCUGUUUGGAGUCAAAACAAAGCGGUACAGUGGGAUCUUUUCAGUGGUAUAUAGUACAGUUGCUGUGUUGCAGAAUGUUAAAAACCUCAACGUGUGUUCCCUAGGCGUCGGUCUGAUGGUUUUUGGUUUGCUGUUGGGUGGCAAGGAGUUUAAUGAAAGAUUUAAAGAGAAAUUGCCGGCACCCAUUCCCUUAGAGUUCUUUGCGGUGGUAAUGGGAACUGGCAUUUCAGCUGGGUUUAACUUGAAAGAAUCAUACAACGUGGAUGUCGUUGGAACACUUCCUCUGGGGCUACUACCUCCAGCCAACCCGGAUACCAGCCUCUUCCACCUCGUAUAUGUGGAUGCCAUUGCCAUAGCCAUCGUUGGAUUUUCAGUGACCAUCUCAAUGGCCAAGACCUUGGCAAAUAAACAUGGCUAUCAGGUUGACGGCAAUCAGGAGCUCAUUGCCCUGGGACUGUGCAAUUCCAUUGGCUCGCUCUUCCAGACCUUUUCAAUUUCCUGCUCCUUGUCUCGAAGCCUAGUUCAGGAGGGAACUGGAGGGAAGACACAGCUUGCAGGUUGUUUGGCCUCAUUAAUGAUUCUGCUGGUCAUAUUAGCCACUGGAUUCCUCUUUGAAUCAUUACCACAGGCUGUGCUGUCGGCCAUUGUGAUCGUCAACCUGAAGGGAAUGUUUAUGCAGUUCUCAGAUCUCCCAUUUUUCUGGAGAACCAGCAAAAUAGAGCUGACCAUCUGGCUGACCACUUUUGUGUCCUCCUUGUUCCUGGGAUUGGACUAUGGUUUGAUUACUGCUGUGAUCAUUGCUCUGCUGACUGUGAUUUACAGAACACAGAGUCCGAGCUACAAAGUCCUUGGACAGCUUCCAGACACUGAUGUGUAUAUUGACAUAGACGCAUAUGAGGAGGUGAAAGAAAUUCCUGGAAUAAAAAUAUUUCAAAUAAAUGCCCCAAUUUACUAUGCAAAUAGCGACUUGUAUAGCAAUGCAUUAAAAAGAAAGACUGGAGUGAACCCUGCACUAAUCAUGGGAGCGAGAAGAAAGGCCAUGAGGAAGUAUGCCAAGGAAGUCGGAAAUGCAAACGUGGCCAAUGCAACUGUUGUCAAAGUGGAUGCAGAAGUAGAUGGAGAAGAUGGUACCAAGCCUGAAGAAGAGGAUGGUGAAGUAAAAUAUCCCCCCAUAGUCAUCAAAAGCGCAUUUCCUGAAGAACUGCAAAGAUUUAUGCCCCCAGGAGAUAAUAUCCACACCAUCGUUCUGGAUUUUACACAAGUGAAUUUUAUUGAUUCUGUUGGAGUAAAAACUGUGGCAGGGAUUGUAAAAGAAUAUGGAGACGUCGGUAUUUAUGUAUAUUUAGCAGGAUGCAGUGCACAAGUUGUGAACGACCUCACUCGAAAUAGAUUUUUUGAGAAUCCUGCCCUAUGGGAGCUGCUGUUCCACAGCAUUCAUGACGCAGUGUUGGGCAGCCAACUCCGAGAGGCGCUUGCGGAACAGGAAGCCUCGGUGCUCCCGCCGCAGGACGACUUGGAGCCCAAUGCCACACCUGCCACUCCAGAGGCCUAGAGGAGGACCUCGGCCUGGGAUGGGGUUACGAGCCUGUCAUGAAAUUUCUAAUCUACACAUUUUAAAUACUACUAGACAGUACAUUUUUUUCCCUAAAGGUAAUUACUACAUAAGCCCGUCUAUUCUUUCUGGGCCUUAAUAGCUGCUGAUAUGUGCCUGCGUUUUCCAAGUUCAGAUUCAUAUUUUGAUAUUGUCCUAUCUAAAUGGGCAUAAUCUACAUUGUAAUCUACAUAUGUAGGGACUGAACUAUCCUUACUUUAUGGCAAUAUGGGAAAACCCUGUUUUCAGGAAGGUCCCAUGAAGAGAAGUCCUUUGACUUCCUCCAAUCCUGUGCAAUGACAGCUGUUGAUCUCUGCCUUAUGAAUGAAUGCAUGGAAUGUUUGAAAACAACUGUGACCCAGGGCCCGGGAAACUCCGAUUUAGAUCAUAGACAUUGACUCUACAGAGCUUAUGGCAGUUGAUAAUGGGGUCCCAACUGCCAUAAUCAUUUGCAGUGUGACCCAGAGAAACAGUGAGGGUAUGGACCCCCUUCAAGCCAUGGCAGUACCUCAUUCUGUGGUUUCCAGCAUGUAUGUUUAGUCCUAUCUCCUUACCUGUUGAGCAGGGUAAGUACAUAGCCUCCAAGUGUACAUUUUGAGAAAAUGAGUCUGCCAUCUUGUGUGUGCCAGGAAGAGAGGGGGUGGUGAACCCAGAGAAUCUGUCCUGGGUGGGUAGGUGUGUUUUUCUGAGUGGGGGUGGGUGGGGGUGUGUGCCCUUGUGUGGGGAUGC